AUGAACCCACCAGGAAUGGACCCCAACCGGGCUUUUAUGCCAAAUGUGCCGAACAUGCAGCAGCGGUUAAAUGCAGAACCUCAGUUUCAAGCUUUACCUCCACCGGUACAGAAGGCAAUCCUCAUGCACCUGCAGCAGCAAGACGGCAACCAGAAAGGGCCUGAGCCGCAGGUAGCACCACCAAAAGACGACGGCGGGAGAGAUGAAACUACAAAUUGGUACUCAAGCGACGAUGGCGAUGAAGGCAGUGUUACAUCCAUCUUGAAGUCUCUGAAGAAGCAGAGUGAGAAAAUGAAGCAAGCCCAAGCCAAGCCCGCUCCGCCUCCGAGUGGACCAGUGGCAGAUCCGCGGCUGAAAGAGAGAGGUCCUCCAAGUGACCCCAGAAUAAAGAUGGAUCCCCGUCAGCGCCCUGCGGAGGUAAAGAAGGAGACAGAUGCUUCGGGCAAUCCACGUUUGUCCAGAGACCCGCGGAAGGUGAGAGAGCAGUAUCAACAGCCGCAGCAAACAGUCAACCAAAAACCUGCCACCGGAGAUGACGAUGAUGAAGGAGAGAGAGAGCUGAGAGACAGAGCUGUUCUUAUCCCUCUAGACCCAGGUCCUGGAGUCACACUUCGAGACCCCCGCUGUCAGUUAAAGCAGUUCAGCCAUAUCAAAGUGGACAUCCUCCUCCAGAGACCUGUGUUUGCCGAAACCGUUGUGUGGGCUCCUGAGGAUCUCAUCCCAUCUCUGGUCCCCAAACAGGAGCACUCGAUCAACCUGCCCUUACCGCCUCUUAUCGCCAACGCUCAAAUGAACCGCUCCAGUCGCCCGGAAAGCCCACCUGCCCCCAGCCUGCCUCACGUCGACCCCAGAAUGGCAGCAGCAAGAUUAAAGACGCGAAUGCCACCCGGAUCUGCAGAGUCCCGACUCCCUGUUGAGAGGCCAGCAGACCCACGGCAAGCAAAAUCUUUGGAUCCGAGACUGAAACGAACUUCGAGUCUGGAUUCAAAGACGCUCGGGCAGAAAGAACAGACUUCUAGCGCGGCGUCAGUGGUCGACCCGAGACUCCAGAAAUCAAACGUCAUAACUUUAUGUCAAGCGCUUUCCCCUAAAAGUGAACCAGACAAACUGCCGCCGUACGCGCCUCGCCUUGCCUCAUCGGGAGGAGGUUUGGAAAGUCCAACCACGAUUCUCGGUGGGAUAAGUUUGUACGAUCCGCGCAAUCAGACAGAACAGAAAGAGCAGGCGGACCCUCCCAAAAAGACUGGGAUACUUAAAAACCCUGUUAAAAAAGACAGUACCCCUCCGUUAUCUUUAUCGCCGACUCAGCGCUCGUUUGAGGAAGUUAAAAGCACGGAAACGACGUCAGAAAAGAGCCCUCCUCCUUCUGUGGAUACGCCUCCCCAGUCUUCUCCGGUCAAACCAGCCGCUGUGCACAACCUGCCCAUACAGGCGCUGGCCGGGCUCAUAAGACCACAGUACACGGACCCCCGACAGGCCAAGCAGGUGGGACAAGGGACGGUAGCAGCGCCAGAGGAGACCGAGCAGAAGAAAGAGGGGGAAGAGGAGAAGAAGGAGGUGCAGACUGAGGAGGAGGCUAUGGAAGUGGAUCAGGACAAACAGGACUCUGGGGAGGCAGAGGACCGGACACUUAAGGAUGUGUUUAAGACUUUUGAUCCCACUGCUUCCCCUUUCUGUCAAUAA